AUUUGUAAAACUAUGAUGAUCGAUCUAUGAAAUAUGUCAAUCAAAAGUCAGAGAACAUGGUGUGGUGAUUUCUCUUUCAGUCUGGUUGGAAAAGUAAGAGGACCCUUUGCAAUUUCGCAUGUUAUAUUAAUAAAUUAACAUUUGCAAAAAUCAUUCAAGGCUUAUUUCUUUCUAAAUCAAAAUGCCAUCUGAUGCCAAGAAACGUGAACAGCAACGUAAAAAAGAGGCUGCCAAAGCUCGACAAGCAGGAAAAAAAACGGCAUCUUCUGCUAAAUCCGAAGAGCAGAAGUCAACUUCUGCCAUCAAUGGGUCUUCUAACCAGACAAAUGGGACAACUAAAGAAUUAAGCCAAGAAGAGGCCCUGUGUCUAAAGCUGGAGAUGGAUGCAAAACUCAAUGCAGAUGCUAGAGCUUGCACUGGUUCUCUAGCUGUUCAUCCCAAGUCUAGAGAUAUCAAAAUUGCCAAUUUUUCCAUCACAUUUCAUGGUUCUGAAAUGUUACAAGAUGCACUCCUUGAGUUGAAUUGUGGUAGACGAUAUGGAUUGUUGGGAUUAAAUGGAAGUGGUAAAUCAACAAUUCUGGCUGUGCUAGGCAACAGAGAAGUACCCAUUCCCGAUCAUAUAGACAUAUUUCAUUUAACUAGGGAAAUGCCAGCUUCUGAAAAAACAGCAUUACAGUGUGUUAUGGAGGUUGACGAAGAGAGAGUUAGGUUGGAAAAAUUGGCCGAACAAUUGGCAGCUUGUGACGAUGAUGAAUCUCAGGAACAGCUCAUGGAUGUUUAUGAACGACUUGACGAUAUCUCGGCAGACACAGCUGAAGCCAGGGCCGCUAACAUACUUCACGGUCUUGGUUUCACGAAAGAAAUGCAAAACAAAAAGACCAAAGACUUCAGCGGAGGAUGGAGAAUGAGAAUUGCUCUUGCUAGGGCGUUGUAUGUGAAGCCACACCUGCUGUUGCUUGAUGAACCCACAAACCAUCUGGAUCUUGAUGCGUGUGUGUGGCUUGAGGAAGAGCUGAAACAUUACAAGAGAAUUUUGGUGCUAAUAUCCCAUUCGCAAGAUUUCUUGAAUGGAGUUUGUACGAAUAUUAUACAUAUUAACAAGAAACGAUUGAAAUACUAUACAGGUAAUUACGAUGCUUUUGUCAAAACACGAAUGGAACUUUUGGAGAAUCAAAUGAAACAAUACAAUUGGGAACAGGACCAGAUCAAUCAUAUGAAGAACUAUAUCGCUAGGUUUGGUCACGGUUCCGCUAAACUUGCCCGUCAGGCACAGUCCAAAGAAAAAACCUUGGCGAAAAUGGUUGCCGGAGGUCUUACUGAAAAAGUAUCAGGAGAAAAAACUGUUACCUUCUAUUUCCCAAGUUGUGGAACGAUCCCGCCACCCGUUAUUAUGGUACAGAAUGUCAGUUUUCGAUAUAAUGAUCAGACACCAUGGAUCUAUAAAAACCUGGAGUUUGGAAUUGAUUUAGACACUAGGUUGGCUCUUGUGGGCCCCAAUGGUGCUGGUAAAAGUACACUCUUGAAACUGCUUUAUGGAGAUCUUGUUCCAACAGAGGGAAUGAUUAGGAAAAAUUCGCAUCUAAGGAUUGCUAGGUACCACCAGCAUCUUCAUGAACUGUUAGAUUUGGAUUUAUCACCCCUUGAGUACAUGAUGAAAUCUUUCCCUGAAGUAAAGGAGAAAGAAGAAAUGAGGAAAAUCAUUGGUCGUUAUGGUCUUACUGGCCGGCAGCAGGUCUGCCCAAUUCGGCAAUUGUCUGAUGGUCAGAGGUGUAGAGUGGUGUUUGCUUGGUUAGCAUGGCAGGCUCCUCAUCUUUUGCUACUUGAUGAACCGACAAAUCAUUUAGAUAUGGAAACCAUCGACGCACUUGCAGAGGCAGUGAAUGAUUUCGAGGGUGGCCUUGUUUUAGUCAGUCACGACUUCCGAUUGAUCAGUCAGGUAGCAGAAGAAAUAUGGGUUUGUGAAAAAGAAACUGUUACUAAAUGGAAGGGCGACAUUCUAGAUUACAAGGAACAUCUUAAAGCUAAGGUUUUGAAAGAGAUGGCUAAACAGAAAGAAAAGUAAACAAAAGCUGCGACAGAAGGUGCUAUAUUUGUCAGAUCUAAAAUAACUAGAUGUACAGAAAAUCUUGCUUGGUCAAGAAAAAUGUUAAUUUAUUAAUAAUUCUGGAAAACAAAAAUUCAAGGAUUUGGACAGUAUUGAGCAUUUUAUCACAUUAAGGUGUGUGAGUACAAUCCCCAAAUACAAAAUGGAUUUUUA